UAAACAUGUCAAAAUUCAAAAUAAUCAACAAAAUUGAAAUAACGGAAACGGUUUCUGUUUGCAGAUUUGUUGUCUUAAGCGAUUUAUUUUCUUAAAAAAAAAUUUUUUUGUCAUUUUAUAUGCAUUUUCAGCUGUAAAAUUCUAUUACGCUUGAAGAACUUGUGAAUAUCAUUUUUAUACGAAACAUGGAUAACAAAGAAUCGGUAAUAAAAAGUAUUGUCGAAGAAAGCAACAAUACAAUAAAAUCGACAGUAUUCAGAGGCAGAAGUUCUUCGAUUCUAAAACAGCCUAAUGUUCAAAAUGAAGCCAAAAAUAAUCCUUCCACCAGAAGAGUUAGCUUCAGUAGUAAUUACAUUAAAACAUUCACAACGGAUACUGAAAAGAAUACCAUCUGGGAUACGACAGUUGAGGAACUGCUUAGUGCUGCAGAAUCCUCAAAUUCUCGUGAAGGGCAUGACCUGAACACAACUCUUUUCAAUGGGAAAGGCAAUGAAUCAGAACAAGGCGAAUCUGAAUCAUCUGAAGAUGACUUUUCUAGAGAUAGGGCUUCGACUAAAAAUUCAGCAGAUAUCUCAUUAAUGGAGUUCACAUGUGUGAAUUCAACUCUUCAUUCAAAUGUUGCUAAACCUGAUGAUCCAACAAAUACUUCUGGGUCAUCACCAGAUAAUUCUGUUACUAUGGAUUUCACAUGUGUAGAUCCAAGUUUUCAUUCGAAGUCUGGAAAUCAAUCUACUUGUAGUCAAUCUACUAAUACUGAAGAUAGUUCUGUUUCAAUGGAGUUUACAUGUGUGAAUCCAACUUUUCCUUUGAAGUCUGGAAAUCAAUCUACUACUACAGAAGAUAGUUCUAUUUCAAUGGAGUUUACUUGUGUGAAUCCAACUUUUCAUUCAAAACCUGGAAAUCAAUCUACUUAUUCUCAAUCUACUAUUACAAAAGAUAGUUCUGUUUCAAUGGAGUUGACUUGUGUGAAUCCAAUUUUUCAUUCGAAUACAAAACAAAAGCCAGCAGACACCUCUGAGUCUGUCAAUACAUCUCAUACUGCUAAAAUUCAAGAUCUAGGAAAUACUUCUGUUUCAAUGGAGUUUACUUGUGUGAAUCCUAUUUUUCAUUUGAAUAACGAAAAAAAACAGGCAGACACCUCUGAGUCUUUCAAUGCACCUCAUACAGCUAAAAUUCAUAAUCCAGAAAAUACUUCUGUGCCAAUGGAGUUGACUUGUGUGAAUCCAACUUUUCAUUCAAGUACCAAAAAAGACCAAGUAGACACCUUCAAUGCAUCUCGUACAGCUGAAAUUCAAAAUCCAGGAGAUACUUCUUUGUCAAUGGAGUUUACUUGUGUUAAUCCAACUCUUCCUUUGAAUACCAAACAAGCAACAGGGUUGUUCAAUACACCUCAUACAGAUAAAAUUCAAAAUCCAGAAAAUACCUCUGUGUCAAUGGAGUUUACUUGUGUGAAUCCAACUCUUCAUUUGAAUACCAAAAAAACCGCUGAGUCCUUCAAUGCACCUCACACAGCUAAAAUUCAAAAUCCAGGAAAUACUUCUGUGUCAAUGGAGUUUACUUGUGUGAAUCCAACUCUUCAUUCGAAUACCAAAAAAACCUCUGAGUCCUUCAAUGCAUCUCACACAGCUAAAAUUCCGAAUCCAGGAAAUAAUACCGUGCCAAUGGAGCUGACUUGUGUGAAUCCAGCUUUCAAUUUGAGUACCAAAAAACAACAAGCAGACAUCUCUGAGUCCUUCAAUGCACUUCAUACAGCUAAAAUUCAAAAUCCAAGAAAUACUUCUGUGUCAAUGGAGUUUACUUGUGUGAAUCCAACUCUUCAUUCGAAUACCAAAAAAACCUCCGAGUCCUUCAAUGCAUCCCAAACAGCUAAAAUUCCAAAUCCAGGAAAUACUACUGUGCCAAUGGAGUUGACUUGUGUGAAUCCAACUCUUCAUUUGAAUCCCAAAAAAACACAAGCAGACACUUCUGAGUCCUUCAAUGCAUCUCACAAAGCUAAAAUUCAAAAUCCAGUAAAUACUUCUGUGUCAAUGGAGUUUACUUGUGUGAAUCCAACUCUUCAUUCUAAUCCCAAAAAAACACAAGCAGACACCUCUGAGUCCUUCAAUGCAUCUCACACAGCUAAAAUUCCAAAUCCAGGAAAUACUACUGUGCCAAUGGAAUUUACUUGUGUGAAUCCAACUCUUCAUUCGAAUCCCAAAAAAACACAAGCAGACACCUCUGAGUCCUUCAAUGCAUCUCACACAGCUAAAAUUCAAAAUCCAGGAAAUACUUCUGUGCCAAUGGAGUUUACUUGUGUGAAUCCAACUCUUCAUUCGAAUUGCAACGAUGGAAAAGGCGCGAACAUUCCUCUGAAAAAGUCCCCUAACAAAUUUGAGUCAUAUGCGUUGGCAGAUAAAUCGAACACUGCUGAAUUCCUGUUGAGAAAUUAUCAGGAUAAAACGAAUUUAUCGAAUUUUUCCAUGUUGGAUUGUUCCAAAGGGAUAUCGCUGAUGGCUAGCGUUGCCCAAACGUCUACCCAGGCUUCUUUUAACGUUUCUCCGCAAAUCGACAAAGACCAAACGGUCGACAUGCCAUCCAUGAGUUUACCAGAUAUUACGCUUUCGUCUAUACAACCAGCCCCUACUUUGCCUGUUUCCAUUGGAAACUUGCAAAUUGAAAAUGGAACUACUAAACUGAACCAAGCAGUCGAUUUAGCUUCUUCGGACUCCGAAAUAGAUAAAAGCAUCGCACAAAUGAACGAUUUUUCCAAAGAGGAAAGUUCUGAUCUGGAGUCCAUAUUGCAGACCCAGUCCUCAAAAUCGAGUACAUUGGAUUUACUGUGUAAAAGCAACAUCGAUUUUUCCGCUAUGAGUACUGUAGAUGAUACGCUGCAGUUACUGAGGGAUGCCUCUCAGCUAAAUCGCACAAAAACUGCUCUGAAUAACACUUCGGGAACUCAGCUGAAUAAAACUUAUCUCGUUGAAGAUUCACGUCUUGAGGAUACUAAGGACUCUACGUUCCAAGAUAACAACUCCGAUAUGCACGAAACGCAUCCAGAGGAUCACAUCGAUCUGUUCAGCAAAUGUGCUGAAAUUUCCGGCAAUAAUUACAUUUUAGAUAGAAAUACUAUAGAAUUGAUAGAAAACUCUACUGAUGGAAGUUUGUUGUCUGCAAGUGAUAAUUCGAAAGAACAAGAAGAUAAAAUUGAUGAUUUCAAAGAAGUUACAACACCUAAGUCCGUUUCAGACAAUAAUGCAGUGCAUUCUGCGAUUUCAGGCAGUGAGUAUAUGGUGCAAAGUCCAGAGUCAGAUCGAUUAACUGUCGUUACUUCCAAGAAAGGUGAGCCAAAAACGACAGAAGAAAUACUUCGAGGAGAUUUUUCAGCUGCUGAUUUCUUGAUCGUAAGGCAGAGGGAUAUGUUAAUUUUGAAAGAAAAGCUCCAAUCAAUAGUAAUCGAUUCUAGUUUGCCAGUGGACGAUUGGAAGAAACACAUACCUACUUUGGAGAAGUUGAAGGAACAGUCGCUAAGAAACAGGAAAAUCAUAGCGGAAAAGUAUGAUAAAUUCAAGAAACAACUGAAAGACGCAAUUGAAACAUGCGAAAAAAAUAAAUUCGUACCCGAAAAACUGCCCGAAGAUGAUGACGUCAUCGAAAGUGACGAAUUGGAGAAUAUCUUGCCAGCUAAGAGGGGGAUAGUUGAAAAAAUCGAAGAGAAAUCCAAGAUAUGCGAUAACAGCUGGAAAAUGAUCAAAAUGGAAGAUGGCAUUGCCGUUUUCACAUCUUUUUUUGAUCAGAUGAAAAUAACGGUAGAAUAUUGUCAAUCAGACUAUAGAGUGAGUGGGAUAGAAACCAAAUCCCUCUUAACAGAUAAGGCCAAACCCGCAGGAAUUCUUAUUCAGAGGGAAUUUCUCCGAUUAUUAUCUCCCACUCUCAUAAAUAACUCAAUCGGUCGCCAAUAUAACAUUCUCUCACUACUCGAUUACAUCCAGAUGACCAUGGACAAAAUCAGAAAAUGUUACAAGACUUUCAAGGACUUGGUGGCAACACACGACAUGCAGAUAAGCAAGGACUUUAAAGUUAAGUUUUUUUUAUUGGACGAGUAUUCGAUUAUCAAGUGGGAUUUCUGUAUAGAUUUAUCAGAUCUGGACAAAAUAACCAAAGAGUCGAUUAGUGUUAGUGCUAGUAUUGGUAAAGUUAAUGCAAAACAUGUUCUGGAUUUAGUUAGCCAGUGUCCUAAAGGUUUAGGGUUUUUGGAAAGUUUCAUUAUGAAGGUCGAAGAGUAUUUAGAAACGCUGAGAAAAAGGAAGAGAAUGCUGAAAUUGAGGAAAAUUCAAAGAGUGUGUGAAGAGUAAUGUAUUGUUAUGAGCGUUGUUAUGUGUUGUUAUAUUUUUAUUUUCUCUAUUAAAUUUAUUUCUCUAA